ACACUGACGCGCCUUUGAGCCGCCCACAUUGUAUGGUACAAGAAUGUAUGCUUUGGCGUAAGAAGAAACCAGUCAGUACUACUGAUGUUCAGCGUGACGUGGAUAUGGGCGGGAGUACACAGCCACCCGCUGGCAUGGAUGCUGCUCCAACCGUGGACGGAGCGGGUUCUGUCACUAACGCUGCAAUGGAUAGCACGGGAUUGACUGAUAGUGCAAAAGAGCUUAUGUUACUGGAAGCAGGUGGUGCGAACCUGACAGAUCUACCCCCAACAAGCGAUGCAGUACCUCAGCGGUUUCAGAUCAAACGUUGGAGCGCAUGUGUCUACUGGUCGUGGGAUGUUAUGCAUGAUACAUGCGUCAUCUGUCGUAAUGCAAUGAUGAGUUUAUGUAUCCACUGCCAAGCCAAAGUCGGGACAAAUCCUCUUGAAGAAGUUUGUGCCAUUGCUUGGGCAUGCCUACCACCUUCAUUGCAUCAAGCGGUGGCUAGAGACGAGUGCGCAUCCUCGAUGCCCACUGGACAACAGCGAGUGGGAAUUCAGCAGAAUUGGACAGUAAGCAAACUGAAGACCGGAGCACGCCAGAAGAAGUGCAGAAGAGAAACUUACCAAACGGCUAAACAACAGAACACCAAAAUCUGGCAGCGAUAGAUCUUACCUGCACAACUGCCCCAGUUUUUGAAUUUCAUUUAAAUAUAACUAAAUACUAAGUUCAUCUGCUUUCAUGAUCACUGAGUAAUUACCCUCGGG